GUCCUGCCCCUUUGCUACUAGUUUUGUCUGUGACCACAGCACCACAUCUGACAUCUCUUAUUAAAGAUGGGGAAGAGGUUGCAAAGUCAAAAAAACUAUGUUUGCUCAUUUUUCGAUUGUAAAUUAACAUUCAGUAAGUCAUGGAAGCUUGAGGCUCAUCUUUGCAAACACACAGGAUUGAAACCGUUCUCCUGCGAGAACUGCGACAAGAGCUUUUGCACUCGUUUCCAGCUCACCAGACAUGAGCUCACUCACAGUGGGGAAAAACCACACAAGUGUCUGGCUGACGGAUGCUCCAAGGCCUUUGUUACAAACUCCAGCAUGAAGAACCACAUGGCUCGAGUUCACCAGCACCAGGAGAAGCGAUAUAAAUGCGACUAUCAGGGCUGCACGAAGGAUUUCAACAAGAGGAACCAACUCAAAGCCCAUAAGUGUGAGCACCAACAGCUUCUGCUAUUUCAUUGUACUUUCAGUGGCUGCACAAGAGAAUUUCCCUCUCAUGGAAAACUGAAGCAUCACGAGAAAGUGCAUGAAGGUUACCCCUGUGAGAUCGAAGCGUGUCCCUUUCAGGGGAAGACCUGGACAGAAUAUCAGAAGCACAGAAGAGAACAUAAAGUCAAGGUGCCAUGUGGGGAGUGCAAAAAGCUGUUUAACAACACCUGGUUCUUGCAUCAGCACAAGCUUCGUGCCCACACUGGGGAGAAGAAGAAGCUGUCGUGCCCCAGGAAAGGGUGCGAUAAGAAGUUCACCCGUCGCUUCAACUUGGAGAGUCAUGUACUGGGAGACCAUGAGGGCAAGAAGCCCUUUAGCUGUGCGUACGCCGGCUGUGGGAAGAGCUUUGCCAUGAAGGAGAGCCUGUGGCGACAUGGAGUGGUGCAUGACCCAGCAAAGAAAAAGCUGAAGAAUCUACACCCUAAAAAGAAUCAGCCGUGGCGUAUGGCAGAGCAGGCCAGACUGGCAGCUGCAGCCAAUCAAGCGGAGACCAAGAAGCUCGCUGCGAAGCUUCGCAAUACAACAUUAAAGGAUAACAAAUCUUGAGGCUGCGUUAUAUAAAUAUCUGCUUGUAUGUGCUCAUUAAUAGUGAAGCAAGUCAAUUUUUCUGUUGAUAUACUUUGUUUAUGUUAAGGUGGAAAUAAAGCCUUGUUAA